GUGGUGUGGAGCGAUCUGGUCUCAUUGCUCUUUUUUCUCUCCUCCCCUUCUCCCACCCCCCUCUCCCUGUUUCCUCUACCAGCUUGUGAACACUUUCUUUAGUUUCCUGAGGCGUAAAACAGAUUUCUUCACCGGUGGAGAAGAUGGAGUAGCAGAGAAGCUGAUCACAGACACCUUCAACCAUCACAACAAGCUAGCUCAGAAGGAGCGGAAAGAGAAAAAGGCUCGUCAAGAGGCAGAGCGGCGUGAAAAGGCAGAGAGAGCUGCGAAACUCGCCAAAGAAAAGCAAGAAGCAAACGAGCCAAGGAUUAAAGAACUUACAGAUGAGGAAGCAGAAAGGCUGCAGCUGGAGAUUGACCAGAAAAAGGAGGCACAAGGACAGAUCAACAGUGUCCCAGUGAAACCCUCGGAGAAUGAAGGUCAAUCUUCAGAUUCUAACAAACAGGAAACAGAUGAUGAAGAGGAAGAUGAGAAAGAUAAAGGAAAACUUAAACCUAACUCUGGCAACGGAGCUGACCUUCCAAAUUAUAGAUGGACACAGACUCUUUCAGAACUGGAUCUGGCCAUUCCUUUCAAGGUGAACUUCAGGUUGAAGGGGAAAGACGUGGUGGUGGAUGUUCAGAGACGACGCCUCAAAGUUGGGCUGAAGGGCCAUUCGCCUGUCAUCGAUGGAGAGCUUUUCAAUGAAGUGAAGGUGGAGGAGAGCUCCUGGCUGAUUGAAGAUGGUAAAACAGUCACUGUGCACCUGGAAAAGAUCAACAAGAUGGAAUGGUGGAACAAACUAGUUUCCACAGACCCAGAAAUCAACACCAAGAAAAUUAAUCCAGAGAACUCAAAGUUGUCAGACCUGGACAGCGAGACUCGCAGUAUGGUGGAGAAAAUGAUGUACGAUCAGCGACAGAAAUCCAUGGGCCUCCCUACGUCUGAUGAACAGAAGAAGCAAGACAUUUUGAAAAAGUUCAUGGAACAACAUCCAGAAAUGGACUUUUCAAAGG